GAGGAUAAAUGAACAAAGAGACAACUUAAUCUGACUGUUUGUCCUUAGACCCUUUGACAUGAGGGGACCAUAACUGUUUUUCUGACCACAUAUCUCAUUGCCUCAUAUCUCCACUUCUCCAUGUAUAAAAGACCUAAGCCUCCUCAGCUCACACCAAUUAGUACCAACUAACAAACUCUCUCACACCUUCAACUCCACCAAACUUGCAGCUCACUUGCUCAGGCAUUUCCUCAGAUUUUUCGCAUUUUAUGGCCUCGAAUUCGAUCCCCGUUGGAUGCUCAAAGCUGCGGCGUUGCUCGAAACAGAUUCGACAGCAGAGAGCUAGACUUUACAUCAUAUGGAGGUGCACGGUCCUUCUUCUGAACUGGCAAGAUUAACCUGAUUACUCUCGAAUGGUUUGCUUUAGUUAAUUAGGUGGUAGAUGUUUGUAAUGCUAAAGCUCGUAAUAUUUGGAUUUUGGAGUAUUUGACUAGGAAGGGAUAUUUAACAUAGUAGAAGAGUGUCGUAAAGGGUUGCUUUAGCAGGAAAGUACAUAUUUUUCUUAGACGCGAGUCUUGUCCGUAUUAAUCACUCAGCCAUGAAAUGUUUUAUUCGAUUUUAUGUGAUGCAGAAAUGUGAUUGCGAUGUCAUUACACAGUAUAUGGAAUGCGCUUUUUUCCCGAUUA